AACUCAGGUCGGCGUGGGUUUCGAUGAAUAUUUUUGUAAGCGUGGGUUGAUUGAUAAUUAUUUACAUGGAAUUGAUAGAAUAAAAAGUGCACCAACACCGUCAUAUUAUAAAUAUAAGCCACAACGAAGUAGCCGGCCCAUCUCAGCUUCUCCUAAGCGAAAAGUUGCUGUUACAAGAAAUAAAGUGUUCCUGCCAAAGAUGCCGCAACAGUACAGCCUAAAAUGGAACAACCACCAGCCGAACUUUAUAUCUAUGUUCACGACCUUCCUCAACACCCAAUCCAUGGUCGACGUGACCUUGGCGACCGAUGGCCAACAACUCUCAGCACAUAAGGUGGUUCUGGCCGCCUGUAGUACAUACUUCCAAUCGCUGUUUGUCGAUAACCCGGCGCAGCACCCCAUAGUCAUACUGAAAGACGUCACGUUCGCGGACCUGAGGAUCAUAGUGGACUUCAUGUACUGUGGCGAGGUCAACGUAACGGAGGAGCAGUUACCUAAGGUGCUGGACACCGCUAAGCACCUCAAAAUUAAAGGCUUGACCGAGAUGCCGGAUUCCACGUCCCUCACAAGAUCUUCGGCAAAUAAUGCGGAGUUCCAAAACCAAGGGGACUCGUUAGAUUCACAUCGGCAGUCGCCAGCAGUUUCACCGUCGACCAAGCGCAAAAGGCGCAGACAAAGCUCGAGUGGCUCGGCCUCGAUGAGUAUGCUGGAGGACGUCCGGGCGGACGUUGGCGCGCAGGCCGGCGCCGGAGGCGACACCGUCACGCUCAGCAGCGUGCCACAGCACCGCCGCAGAGAGUACCACGAAAUCCGCACUAUUGAUAACGCUCAGCAGACCACCGAAAACACAGAAAAUGCACCAGUCAACCAAUCGGCACUAAUGGAAAACGCACAAGCCGUUAUGCCUCAAGGAGGUCAGUGGCCAAUGAUGGAGCACCCAUACCCGCGUUACUCCAACGCGUGUCUCAGCACGAUGCAAGAGGAACCCAUUUACAUGAAUAACGUCAUGAACCAGCACAUGCAGGAGAUCAACUUCGGUCAGGGCCUAGAAGUGGCCGGGCCCUCCCCAGGCCCCUCGUGCGCAGAAGUGCAUGCCCCGCCGGACGCUCCCUUGCCGACCCAGAAGCGUAGACGCACCAUCAAACCCCAGUCAGAAGAGAACUUCCAGCGCGCGCUUGAGGCGGUUCGCUACGGAAACAUCGGUUUCUGCAAGGCCGCGCGCUUGUUCGGGGUCAACAACCGAACACUGUGGCUGGAGUAUAAGAAGAGGGGCUAUCCGAACCACCGGCCGAGCAUCAGGAACCGCAUCAAGCGCGAGUGCACCACGCCGCCGCCCGAGCGCAAGGAGCCGGCGCCCGCCGCCCAACAGAUGGCGCUGCUGUGCGCUCCUCCUCAAGGGUUCAUCGAGCAGCCGCAGGCCUUCCCAAUGCAGGGAGUACCCCAGAACUCACCCAUUAACAUUUUAGGCGUAAACUUCAAUGCGCUACAAUAGAACGCGGCUUGCGUGUCAGCUGACGAGUCGUACUCGUUGUGACACGAGUGGCGAGGCGCGGACCCCUCGCCGCCGCUCCUCGCGCCAGUAUACAUGCAUCUAGCCUUGUAAAUAUACAUGUACUUACUUAUUAGUGUCGGCUGUGGUAAAUUAAGUUUCAAUUAAUAUCAACACUUUUGAUGCCAUGAUAGUAAUGACGACAUACGGCCGCUUCCAAUAUUCUAUUUAUUGAUAGAUUUCGUUAUUUCGGGUUAAUUUAACGUUACCGACAGAAUCGCUGUCACUUCUCACCGACCCCUGAAAUACUAUAUACUAGUUGCCACUAUUUUUUUUAAUUUACUUUACUCGAUUUUACUCCUGAACUAUAAAGUCGAAAGUUCUUUACUUAAAAACAACUAUUACAUAAGUAACUUUGUUUUUUUAUAAUUUAAACUUAAAAGUAAUAAAUAUAUUAUUAUUUUUUAAUUCUUUCGAUGGAUUAUUCCAAUACUAGAAUAUUAAUAUGUAUUUUUUGUGAUGUUUUACUUUCCUGACGUGUUUUCCAUAGCCCUCUUGUCUAUCUCUAGAAGUCAGAUUCAAACUUGCUUUUGCGCUCUUACAAUUAUUUUCAACUCUGGUACGUUGCUAUUGUUUCCACAUUUUCCUGAUCGUGAUUUUAACAUAGGAUUAUUAUGUCAUCAUCACUUCAUCGCACACAUACAGUGCGCCUGACUUGUACUGUAUAGGCCUAUAAGUACACUCACUGGUUGGAAGCUCACCGUCGAAGCAAUAAUAGGUAAGUGCUGAUCGGGUUAGGAUGAAACUCGCCCGGCGAAGCUGGGAAGUAUGGAAAGUGGGCCAUGGCUCGAUUUACCUAAGUUAGGUAUUUCUUACGAGAAGUUGCCCACACAUUCGGCUCAGUGUUCCCAGCUGUUUCCUUACCAUGUAAUUUGGGCCAAGGUCCAGGAGCGAGUUUCCCCCUACUAACCUCAAAAUUAAUUAGGAAAAGGCUGAGCAAGGCAUAUGCAAAGAUUUAGUUAUAAGUACCGAGUGGCAGGUUUCCAAUUUUGUUCAUAACUACCUCUAUUUAUAAGUAUUUUGUAAUAAUUUUAUUACAUUAUGGUAUACAUAAUGUUACAAGAUUUAUUUAGUUUUUUUUUUGCGAAUUUGUUCAGAAGUCACCGAAAAUAAAGUACCUAUUAUGUGGUUAUAUGUAUUAUAAUUCCAGUAUUUUGGAGUGUGGUAGUGUUACCGACGUUAGAUAUUCGAAAAUUUGUUCGGCAACCCGUUUGGUAGGGUACCCAUACUUUCAAGUGAUGUGCGCUUCUUUAAAAACAAGUCCAAUACGGCUGACUACAUUUGAGCAUAUGGUUACCGUACUAAACUGUUAGCCGCACGGAAUCGCAUCGCCAUACUGAAGUUUAAUGAAGUUUACUUGAAAAUCAGCUGAAGGCACUACCACACUAUGCAUUUAAUAACAUUAGAAAAGCCUGAAUGCAUUUAAUUACAUUAGAAACAUUCAAAAAUUAGAAAAGCCUGUUCAAGUUUUUGUGUCAUAUUUUCAGUAAUGAAAUCAAUUUUUUAUUAAAAAAAAAAUCAUAGCGGUAGGUUUUACAUGUAUUUAUUAUCUGAUUUUGAAUGUUUCUUUUUUUAAAUCAUUUUUUUUAACUUCAGUGGCUCAGCGCACACCGCUAAAAGCCCGUCGGAACGCAUUUGAAGACAACAUUUUAACAUAAACCUUAACUUCCUUGACAUACGGUCUACAAAAGAAUAAAUUCGCAUUUCACCGCUCGGGCGCGCGAGAGCAUCGAAGAGCAUGCAUGCUAAUCUUUUGUGGAUCGUAUGUCAAGCUAGUUAAUUAUCCCUACUAAUAUUAUAAAUGUGAAAGUAACUCUGUCUGUCUGUCUGGUAUGUUUUCACGCCUAAACCACUGAACUUAUUUUAAUAAAAUUUGGUACAGAGAUAGAGUUGACCUUUAGAAAGAACAUAGGAUAGUUUUUAUCCCGGACUUUUGAAGAAUUCUUUUGGAAACGCGUUAUAACCAAACUCUACGCGGGCGAAGCCGCGGGCAGAGGCUAGUAUUAAAUCAUUGUCUUCAAAUGCGCUCUGACGUGCUUCCAGCGGUGUGCGCUGGGCCAUAGCGGUAGGUUUAUUGAAUUUUAAUUGAAAUGUACUUUUUGUUUAAAAUACACUUGUAUGAGUAAGGCAUGUCCGACGUCGAAAUAUCGGUUAGUUGACGUCAAUAUUGGCGGGAACCAGAGAUCUCUAUCGUGUAAAAUAAUUAAAACUAGCAAUAAGUGUAAUUACGUCAGUAUGCAUUUAUAGUAAGCAAUAAGGUGAUUAGGCUUAAGUGAAGUUACUGUCGGUAUGUAAAAGUAGUUUUAUUUAAAUAAUGAAUUACACCUUUAUAUGAAUAUGAACGGUAGAACCGCUCACGAAUACAAUUUGUGAUCUUGUCACUACCGUCAGGAGUAUUAUAUUUUUCUAUGCGCCUAGAUUUACAAUAAUAACCAGUUUUGGCGUUUGCGAUCUCUGUAACUUUUUUUGUAAUUUAGACUGAUUUUUUUAUUAAUUUAGUAAGUUUUUACUCGUUUAGGCUGUCAAAUCAUUAAAAUUGUAAAUGUGAUGUGUAUAUAGUUAUGUAUCCGUGUUGGUAUUGUAUGAAUGUUGCUCUGAAAUUCAUGUAUCGAAAUGUUCUCGAAAGACUGCUCACAAUCGUAAAGUAUUUGAUUUUAAUAAUUAUUAUUAGCUUAUCCAGGUUUUAAGGAUCCUACCAUGAACUUCCCACGAGGAAGUGUUGUAUAGGUGUUCGAAAUAGUAUUAAUCACAUACAGAAAAUGCAUGAAUAUGUAUUGAAUAUCAAUAUGUAUUGAAUAUUGUGCUUAGCACUAACAAUUGAAUAUAAAUAUAAAUACCAAAAUAAAUUUAAAUAGAAAAAUAAAGAAUUUUAAUUAUUUUGCA